AUGGUCCGUCCGACAACCGCCAAAGGCAAGAAGCCUCAGCGCGAACCUGAACCCGAACCCGAACCCGAGGUGCUCUCUGACGCUGCUAUCAGUCACGAGCAACUUGGUGAUGGGAGCGAGGAGGAAUCUGAACCUCCCGUCUCUCCGACCCCGAAGCCAAAGACCCCGAGGCUCUCGAAGACCUCGAAGAAUGACCUACGAUCGUUCAUCUUUACUUACUCCAUACUCCCAGAGAUGGGUCCUGAGGAACAGGAUGGUUUCAUCGAAUUUGACCGUCCCCACGAUCUACAGGAGUACCUACAGGAUAACCCGAAGCGAUAUGAACGGCUGUUCGACAUCCAAGGCGAUAUAGCUGACAAACUUAAAUGCUGUCCGCAAGAAGCUCGAUAA